AUGGCUCAACUCAAGCAAGACCUCUCCAAUUUGGAAGAAUGCCUUCCACAAACUCUUACCCAAGAGCAACGUGCAAAGGCCAAGACCCAAUUCUACAAAGAACUUGCCGAGAAAGUCCACAGAUUCUACAAGGGUAAAAUCCAAAUCAUGCCAAAAUGCACAUUGGCUGGGUUCAACUGGUUCAACGCUUACUACACUCCGGGCGUCUCACGUAUCUCCACUAACAUCAGAGAUAACAACGAUUCAUCUCUUUACUAUUCCCUCAGAGGAAACUUCGUUGGUGUUGUCUCCGAUUCCACACGUGUCCUUGGUGACGGUGAUGUGACUCCACCAGGAGGAUUGGGAGUUAUGGAAGGAAAAGCACUCCUUAUGAAAUACUUGGGAGGUAUUGAUGCUGUCCCUGUCUGUAUGGACUCCAAGAGAAAUGGCAAGAAUGACCCAGACGCUGUCAUUGAAUUCGUCCAGAGAAUCCAACACACCUUCGGUGCUAUCAACCUUGAAGAUAUCUCACAACCAAACUGCUACAAGAUCCUCGACGUCUUGAGAGAGUCAUGCGACAUCCCAGUCUGGCACGACGAUCAACAAGGAACUGCUUCAGUCACUCUUGCUGGUUUGUUGAACGCUUUGAAGUUGGUCAACAAGAAGAUCGAAGACUGCAGAAUGGUCUUCAUCGGAGCCGGUUCAUCAAACACCACUUGCUUGAGACUUAUUGUCACUGCUGGUGCUGAUCCAAAGAAGCUCGUUAUGUUCGACACUAAGGGUUCACUCCAUUUGGAACGUGAAGAUAUUAAAAAGGAUACCAGAUUCUAUAGAAAGUGGGAAAUCUGUGAGAAGACUAACCCAACCAAAUUCCCAUCUAUCCCAGAAGCUGUUAAAGGCGCUGAUGUCCUCAUCUCACUCUCUACUCCGGGCCCAGGAGUUGUCAAGCCCGAAUGGAUCAAAUCAAUGGGUACCAAACCAAUCGUCUUCUGCUGCGCUAACCCAGUCCCAGAAAUCUACCCAUAUGAAGCUAAAGAAGCCGGAGCUUACAUCGUCGCUACUGGAAGAGGUGACUUCCCAAAUCAAGUCAACAACUCUGUUGGAUUCCCAGGUAUCUUGAAGGGAGCUUUGAUCGUUAGAGCAAGAAAGAUCACUGAUAAUAUGGCCAUUGCUGCUUCUAGAGCUCUUGCUGAUUUCGCUGAGAAGAGAGGAAUCAACACCGAGAACAUCAUUGGUACCAUGAACGAGCCAGGCAUUUUCCCAAAGGAAGCUGCUGAUGUCGCUAUGCAAGCCAUUAAGGACGGAGUCGCCAGAGUUACUGAUCUCACAUGGCAACAAGUUUAUGACAUCGCUGAAAAGGAUAUUAAGGAAGCCAGAGAGUCUGCUCAGCUCUUAAUGGACACUAAACACAUCAUUGAGUUCCCACAAGAACAACUCGACCAAUCCCUUGAAUUUGCCAUUAAGUCCGUUUCUAAUUGA